GCUGUGCGAGAGAGAAGGCGUGACAGCAGCUCAGUGUUUGAGUGUGUUUCAAGCUCAUAUUUUCUGUUGAGAUCCUUAUACAAGGACUUAAAAGUUGAGCUGGUAGUGUCGUUCUGCUUUGUGGACUGAGUGGCUCCUUGGAACUGAAAGAGGAGCGAGUUGCAGCGGGCGCCAUUUGCUGUGAACGUAAUGCGGGCAUUUGAUGCGCCUCACUCUCUUCAGCUCUGUUUAGGAGGAGGUCUCCCUGCCAUUCAGAGACAUCAUCCAGCAUCAGUCCCUCCGCUUCAGACUGGCACAUUUCAGACAUGGAGAGCACAUUGCAGGAUUCGGUGAAACCUGAAAGAGGAGAGAUGACCUCCAAAAUGAGUUGCUCUGAGGAACAGGACACACAGGAAGCUGAGAGACUGAUUGAGGGUAAGAGAUCUGACUCACCUGAACCCAGCUGUGUGUCCAUGAAAAGUGACCAGUCAAAAGAGGAAAUAAUAUACUUCAGAGAUGAUAACAGUCCUACUGAGUUCAGACUGAUUGAGGGUAAGAGAUCUGACUCACCUGAACCCAGCUGUGUGUCCAUGAAAAGUGACCAGUCAAAAGAGGAAAUAAUAUACUUCAGAGAUGAUAACAGUCCUACUGAGUUCAGAGUCCAGAAGAUGAAAUCAGAACCUACCAGAGGAAAUAUGGAGUCCAUAUUCAAGGAGCUGGAGCACAAAGUCAUCUCUGUGGUAAAGAAUCAGCUGAAGAGGUUUGUAAAGUUACUCAGUUUGGAUUACCCAGCAUGCUCUGAGAGAGAGGUGGAGGAUGAAAAAGAUCAGAGCAGUGUCAGAGAGGGGGCGCUGAAGAUCACACUGCACGUCCUGAGAAACAUGAACCAGACAGACCUCGCUAACACACUACAAACCAAACUGGCUCCUUCUUGCCAUCAAAAGCUCAAAUCAACACUAAAGGAAAAAUGUCAGAAAAUUAAUGAAGGAAUCUCAAAUCCUGGAACCUCAAAAUGUCUGAAUGAAAUCUACACAGAGCUGUACAUCACAGAGGGCGGGAGUGGAGAGGUCAAUAAUGAACAUGAGGUCAGACAGAUUGAAACAGCAUCCAGGAGACCAACAACACAGGAGACGCCCAUCAAAUGUAACGACAUCUUUAAAGACAAACCCUUCAGAACUGUGCUGACUAAAGGAGUUGCUGGAAUUGGAAAAACAGUCUCUGUGCAGAAGUUCAUUCUGGACUGGGCUGAAGGAAAAGCCAAUCAGGAUGUUCUCUUCAUAUUUCCACUUCCUUUUAGAGAGCUCAAUUUGAUAAAGAAUAAAAGACUCAGUCUGGUGGAGCUUCUUCGUCAAUUUUUCACAGAUACAAAUGAAUUAAAACCCAGAGACUAUAAUCAGUAUAAAGUCUUGUUCAUCUUUGAUGGUCUGGAUGAAUGUCGACUUCCUCUAAAUUUCCAGAACAAUGAGAGCUUAUUUGAUUUAACAGAGUCAGCCUCAGUGGAUGUGCUGCUGACAAACCUCAUCAAGGGGAAUCUGCUUCCCUCUGCUCUCCUAUGGAUAACUACUCGACCAGCAGCAGCCAGUCAGAUCCCUCCUGACUGUAUUAACCAAGUAACAGAGGUACGAGGGUUCAAUGACCCUCAGAAAGAGGAAUACAUCAGGAAAAGGAUCAGUGAUCAGAGCCUUGCUGAAAGAAUCAUUACACACAUGAAGUCCUCAAGAAGCCUCUACAUCAUGUGCCACAUCCCAGUCUUCUGUUGGAUUGCAGCCACUGUUCUAGAGAGACUGUUGGGUGAAGCAGAGAGUGGAGACAUCCCCAAGACUCUGACUCAGAUGUUCACCCAUUUUCUUGUGUUUCAGAUCAAACACAGCAGCCAAAAGUACCAAAGAAACAGUGACAUUGAUCAUGAGCAGACUAGAAAGAUUAUCUUGGCACUGGGAAAACUGGCUUUCCAACAGCUGGAGAAGGGAAACCUGAUCUUCUAUGAGGAAGACCUGAGAGAGUGUGGCAUUGAUGUCAGAGAGGUAUCAGUGUACUCAGGAGUUUGUACCCAGAUCUUUAGAGAGGAGUCGGAGCUGUACCUGGGGAAGGUUUUCAGCUUUGUGCAUCUGAGUGUUCAGGAGUUUCUGGCUGCUCUAUAUGCAUUUAUUUCCUUCAUCUCCAACAACACAAAUGUGCUAGCACAACAAGCCACUGGAUUUUAUUGGAUAUUUGGUUUCUUCAAAAAGUCAACAAUGUCAGACUUCCUCAAGAGUGCAGUGGACAAAGCUUUACAGAGUGAGAACGGACACCUGGACCUUUUUCUCCGCUUCCUUCUGGGCCUCUCACUGGAGUCUAAUCAGACUCUCUUGCGAUGCCUACUGACACAGACAGGAAACAGCUCUCAGAGUAAAGAGGAAAUAGUCAAGCACAUCAAGGAGAAGAUCAGGGAGAAUCCCUCUCCAGAGAAAACAAUCAGUCUGUUCCACUGUCUAAAUGAACUCAACGAUCUUUCUCUAGUGCAGGAAGUUCAAUCAUACCUGAACAGAGGAGGUUCCAGUGGUCUCGGUGGAGCUAAGCUCUCCCCUGCUCAGUGGUCAGCUGUGGCGUUUGUGAUUCUGAAUUCAGAAGAGGAGCUGGAUGAGUUUGACCUGAGUAAAUUUGACCCAUCAGAGGAAUGUCUUCUGAGGCUACUGCCAGUGGCCAAAGCAUCCAGAAAAGUUGUACUGGAAUGCUGCAGUAUUACAGAGAAAGGCUGUGCUGCUCUAGUUUCAGCUGUGAAAUCAAACCCCUCACACCUAAGAGAGCUUAAUCUGAACUCCAAUAAACCAGGAGAGUCUGGAGUGAAGCUGCUCUCUGAUCUACUGGAUGAUCCGCAGUGUAAACUGGAGAAACUACAGCUGUCUGACUGCAUGAUUACAGCACCAGGUUGUGCUGCUCUGGUUUCAGCUCUGAAAUCAAACCCCUCACACUUGAGAGAGCUGAAUCUGAGCUGGAAUGAACCAGGAGAAACAGAAGUGAAGCUGCUCUCUGAUCUACUGAAGGAUCCAUUCUGUAAAUUGGAGAAUCUACAGCUGUGUGGUUGUUAUCUUACAGAGAAAAGCUGUGCAGCUCUGUCCUCAGCUCUCACCUCAAACUCCUCAAGACUGAGAGAACUGAACCUGAGUUACAAUGAACUGCAGGACUCAGGGCUGGAGCCGCUCUCUGCUGAACUGGAGAAUCCAAACUGUGUACUGGAGAAACUAGACCUGCGUGGUUGUAAACUCACAGAGAAAAGCUGUGCAGUUGUGUCCAGAGCUCUCAGCUCAAACUCCUCAAGUCUGCGAGAACUGAAUCUGAGUGAGAACAAACUGCAGGAUUCAGGAGUGAAGCAGCUCGCUGCUGGACUGAUGAAUCCACACUGUAAACUGGAAAAGCUGGAGCUAUCUAACUGCAAUAUUACAGAGGAAGGUUGUGCUGCUCUAGUUUCAGCUCUGAAAUCAAACCCCUCACACCUGAGAGAGCUGAAUCUGGACCUCAAUAAGCCAGGAGAUUCAGGAGUGAAGCUGCUCUCUGAUCUACUGGAGGAUCCACACUAUAGGCUGGAGAAUCUACAGAUCUGAACAAACACCUGACCUGGUAUGAGUCUCACACACACAAGGGGUUAUGAGGAGAGGAUGCAGUCUCAUAGAACACACACACACACACACAGAGUGUGUGAUUCUACGUGGUAAUAUGUGUGUGUGUUUGGAUCUUUAUUGGUCAAAUCUGUGAAUAUGGCUGCAGUACAGAGCUGUGUGCUCUCCCCUUGACAUCACUUCUUGUUUACCAGUGACUGCACUUUCAGUGUCCUGUCCAUCAAACUCCUCACAUUUGAGGACGAGCCCACAUUGGUGAAGAGAUGAUAGAAAUCAGCACCGGAGCCACAGAAGUGGAGGAGAUUUUCAAGAUCAUGGAAGACACUGGCUCACAGAGAUACAUAUAGAUAUUCAACAGCGCAGAGAAGCUCCUGAAGAACAGUUGAAUGAACUCUGCUGCUUUCCUGUUUUGUACCACUAUGACAGUUUCUGAGAUUAGGAGUUUGCUUUCAUGAUAUUUUUAUUACAGUUGAACGGUGCAGUCCUUGGUAUGA